AUUAUUUUUUUUAUUUUAUUUUCCCGCUGUAAUAUUCAACAAUCUUAAGGUAGUAGUGAUGGAGUUCGGAUUCGGCAUCGUGGGUUCCUCCGGCAUCGGAAUAAGUUCCGAAAUUCCGGUGGAAACCUCUUCGGUCGCCAUGGUUGUGCCGUCCUCACCACUACCCUUCGGGGCAAGUGUGGGGGCCGCGACCAUGACGUCGUUUUCAAUGCCGAGCUCGAUCUUCUGGUCGGCCCUCGACCCAUUCCCGGGCUCGAAACCACGGGGGAUCACCCCGUCGAAGUUGUUCACGUUACUUGAAAAAGUAGGCGUCAGCGAGGCCUUCCAAGUGGCGGCCAUCAUCCACAAACUUCCCAGGUCGUGGGAAGACUUCCAAGCCGACCUCAAGCUUAAGAGAACGGAGCUGAUGAACUUGGAGCAACUGCUCACGCGGUUGAGGAUACGAGAGGAAGGGCUUGCUAGAAGAAAUGGAGGGGCAAAGGCGAAUGUUGUAGAACAUCUGUCGGGCUCCUCACAUGGCGGGAAGGACAAGAAGAAAAUGGGUCCUAAGGGUGGUGUUUCUAAAUUUGCAGGAAAGUGCUACAAUUGUGGCAUUACUGGGCAUCGUUCCUCCGAUUGUAGGAAAAAGAAGCCACAAAAGGGAAAGAAGAAAACCACUGAAGCCAUGUGUGCGGAGCUUGACAACUUGGACCUCUGCGCGGUUGUCACCGAGGAAACCAUACCACCGGUGUCAAGAAUAUAUAACAUUCUUGUCCAAGAUGAGACGGCACGACAUGGCAUGCACAAAGGAGAAAGCAGUGAAGCAGGUGCAUCCGUGUUUGCCGUAAAGAACAAGAUGGAGGUCAAAGAGCUCAUGUGCUCACAUUGUGGGAAAACAGGACAUGAUAUUGAGGCAUGCUAUAAGCUGAUCGGGUACCCAGAGGGAUGGGUGUACCGCGAUCAGGCUGGAAGAGGAAGAGGAAACGGCCGGGGAAGAGGUCGUGGUGCUGCACGAGGUGGCGGAAGGUCGAUCGUGGCGGCUGUACGGUCGACCGUUACGGGUGGACGAGGGGAAGUCCAUGCAGUUCAAGGAGAAGAGAAAGGACCAUCCCCGCUCCCGAAUUUUGAGGAUCUGACACCUGAACAGUGGAACGCUGUUCGCCAUGCACUCUCGCUCUCCCCUAUAGAUAACUCACAGAAACUCUCAGGUGAAAUGUUGAAUGAAGAAGGAGCAAGUGUUUCUUCUCCAGUUGAACACUUCGACGAUGAAGAUGACAUGACUGCGGAAGAGCAGCUGAACCGUUCCACGAGGAACGGUCGACCGGAGGAGACCAGUGAAGCAAGUGAGCUACAGACGGUAGACCUGGUGGACCGUCCCGCUGUCCACGGUCGACCGUCCGAGAGGCAGAAAGAUGGACCUCUGGGAGUGCAACCAACGGUCGACAUGGUGGACCGUCCUGAUGGCCACGGUCGACCGUCCGAAGGGCAGCAAGAUCACCUCCAGAGGGAUGAUGAAACGGUCGACCGUGACGAGGAGAACGGUCGACCGUCUCUGCGGCAGAAAGAAGACCCUCAGGAACCAUUACAGACGGUCGACCCCGUGGACCGUUCCACGGAUGGCGGUCGACCGUCCUCUCUCCAGAACACAGCAGAGACCUUGGGACGUGGUCAGCGGGAAAGGCGCCCAAAUGCGCCGGAUCGCGCACUCAAAGAUUAAUAGUAAAUUUGGAGAUUAAAUGAACUGUUUGGAGAUAAAAACGGUUGUACUUGAAGGUGGGUUCUGUCACAUCUAAACAGUGGCGGAGGCAGGAUCGAAUCCUUGCGGGGGCACAAUUACGGUCAUCAGGAAGCAAAAAUCAUUUUAAAAAUACGGAGUAACAAAAAAUUCUAAUAAUAGUACCAAAUUUAAUAGGAAAAGAGUAAAUUUACAUACAACUAUAUAAGUACCUUUUAUUUGUGUAAUGAGGAAGAAUUGUUUUGG